CAACAUCUCCACCCUCACUUCUAAAAGCUAUAAGCCAAAACCUCUCUCUCUCUCUCUCUCUCUCUCUAGAACCAGAGAAAUUUGUGCUAAAUUAUUGGUUUGGAUAUGGCAAAGGAUACAGAAGGUGGUUCAUUUUCAGCAAAAGACUAUCAUGACCCACCACCAGCACCAUUGAUUGAUGCAGCAGAGCUAACAAAAUGGUCAUUUUACAGAGCUUUGAUUGCAGAGUUCAUAGCAACUCUUCUGUUCCUUUACAUCACUGUGUUGACUGUGAUUGGGUACAAAAGCCAGGUUGAUGGUGCUGAUCCUUGUGGUGGAGUUGGUAUUCUUGGUAUUGCUUGGGCUUUUGGUGGUAUGAUCUUUGUUCUUGUUUACUGCACUGCUGGUAUUUCUGGAGGACACAUUAACCCAGCAGUCACAUUCGGAUUAUUCCUGGCCCGUAAAGUAUCAUUAAUACGGGCCUUAAUGUACAUGGUGGCCCAAUGUUUGGGGGCCAUAUGUGGUGUUGGGCUUGUGAAGGCCUUUCACAGUGCGUACUAUAAGAGAUAUGGAGGUGGGGCCAACACUUUGGCCGAUGGAUUCAGCACAGGCGUCGGAUUAGGUGCUGAGAUCAUCGGUACCUUUGUUUUGGUAUACACUGUCUUCUCAGCCACUGAUCCUAAGAGGAGUGCAAGAGACUCCCAUGUGCCUGUGUUAGCUCCACUUCCAAUUGGAUUUGCUGUGUUCAUGGUUCACUUGGCCACCAUCCCCAUCACCGGCACCGGCAUCAACCCAGCCAGGAGUUUAGGAGCUGCCGUCAUUUUUAACGACAAAAAGGCCUGGGAUGACCAAUGGAUAUUUUGGGUUGGACCCUUCAUUGGUGCAGCCAUUGCAGCAUUUUAUCACCAAUUCAUAUUGAGAGCAGGAGCUAUUAAGGCUCUUGGAUCAUUCAGGAGUCACCCUACUAAUUAAUUCUGUCCAAAAA